GGCGGUGGAGUCUGCGCUCAGACGAUUCCCCGGCAGUAUCCCUCAUAACAUAUGGCCUAGAGGACGCAUCGGGCCGGGGAGAGCGAGCCAGCGUGAUUGCAUCCAACUGCGACGACUGCAUCGCUUCAGACUGAAAGGGCGCCAUGACGCAGGCGUUGCCUCUGUCCCAGUCAGAGGCUGAAGUAGAAGCAGCUAUAAAACAACAUGGGGCCGACUUAUCCACAGAUGCACCAUCGUCCGCUUCAUUUCGCACGGUGGAUGCGCCGCCAAGCAUCAAUGGCUUACAUGAUUCUGCUUCCACCUCUUCCUCCGUAUUCAAGGAUGCCACAUCCUCAGCCGGUCUAUCUGCCGCAUUAGACAGCACGGCCUCCAUCUCACAACUUCUAAAAGGUUCAUUGUCUAUUGAUGAAAUCCCAAAGCGAACAGGAGUAACAUCAAACCCGUGCACAAAACAAGCUCUUUCGCCGAUUGCGCACCGGCAGAGCUACGGCGGUCUGCCCUCGCCGAGCGCGGUGAACACAAACUCCUCGGCGGAAGCGGCGAUGAGCGAAGAUGCGUGGCACCCGCUCAUGGCCGAACCGCCAUCGAGCGCGCCGCCGACGGCCGGCAGCGCGGAGAUCGCGUACCCCAGCCCUUCUGGCGGCUUUGUGCCGCCCCCGACCGAUGAGGAGGGGCAGGCGUGGAAGCUGAAGCCCGCGCCGUCAGGCAGCAGCAGGCGCAAGUCUGGCGAAGGAUGGCAAGCGUUGGCAGCAGGCGAUGAUCUCGCUAGUUGUGUGGACUUGUCUGGCGAUGGUAGCAGAGACGACAAUAGUGAUGCGGGCUUGAUGGCCGUCUUGCCUCCGAGUGCGCCAGCGGAGAGACAGUCGAUGCCGCCCCCGAGUAGAGCGCGGCGACGAGACAGCGAGUAUGAUGGACCGUUGUCUUUGUCUGCCCCUAUUGCAAGCAGCAGUAGCGAUGCAGGAGCGGGAACGGGAGCCGCCACAGCCGCAGCCGCACGGCCGUCGCCAAGCCGGGACAGCUUCGGGCCGGCCAUGACAGGGACAGCAGGGGUGCCCAAACGACCGCAGUCGAUUCCGUCGUCACAGGAGACAGCCCAGUUGAUCGCCGGAGCAUCCCAAUCCACUUCCUCAUCGAGCUUCACCGCACCUGGCUCGCAUCUUGGAUCACGAUGCGGCUCGGCAACCAACGCCAAUGUCAGCAUUAUCUCCGCUGCCGGUGCCGGUGCCGUUGCUUCUUCCUCCUCCGCUCCGUCCUCGACACCCGCUUCGCGCCCCGGCUCGGAGCGUAGUGACUCAAGCUGGCGUAUGCAGCUGCGGCACUCGCAGCUGCCGGACGUGCCGCAGGAGCAGUACGCGCUGGUCGCGAAAGGUGUGAAUGGCAUCGAUGACGGAGUUGGGGCCCGUGCCAAUGCGUCGCCCAGCCCGACGGGAACGCGCAGCGCAUUUGCCGCACUCGACCAGGAUACAUUGAUGCGCGCGGCUGCAAAGGCGAAAGGCAGAGCUAGUGGUACGGCUACAAGCUUGCCGAUAGGCUCUUCGCCUGCCUUUUCCGAUGGACUGUCCUCAUCCGGGUCUUCGUCGCUUUCGCCGUAUCCAACUGGCCCGCAUGAAGGUGGCGCCCCCGCUGCCACAUUGGCAAGCAACGCGCAACAGCCUGCAUCAUCCUCUACGCGGCCCUUUCCCUCCUCGGCCCAUGUCGGUAGCGGUGGCCUAUCAGCGGAGGACUCGCUCGCGCCGUCCAGGUACUCCUCUCGGAGCAGCAACAGCCAGUCGCAGACGGAUCAGGAGGCGGAGGCGAUGGACCCAGUCGCGGCGGCCAAGUGGCGCGAAGAGGUGGCGGCGCUAUAUGCGCAGCUGCGUGUGCGCGACUUUGCGUUCCCCGAGACGGAUCCGCGGCAUGUUGGUGCGAGAGACGUCAGCGCGCCGCAGGGCGGCGGUACCAGUGCGUUGACUGGGACGUCGGCCGAUGGCGAUGGCGAGGACGGCAACAACAAAAACAACAACAACAACCACAAUGAAGAGGAGGAAGACUGGGGCGUCGAUGCGAACGACGCGGAAGUCGACGCUGAGGGGGACAACGGCGAUGGGCUGGCGCUCGGCGUGUACGAGGUGCUGUACGCGUUCGAGGCAGAGAGCGAGCACGAGUUGACGUGCAAGCCUGGCGAUCGCGUGCGCGUCGUCGGGAACCUCGAGGGCGGCUGGGCGGUCGUCGAGCGUGUCUCCCCGGGUGCGCAAGAGGAGUCGGAAGAAGAGGUCAAGCGCGGGCUCGUUCCUGAGAGCUACAUAGGGUGGAUCGGCGACGAAGACGUAGAGGAGACACAAGGGCAGGUGCAAGAAUGAGAACGGGCGCAAGAGCAAGAGCAAAAGGGAUCAUCAUCAUUGGCAUCAUUAUUUUAGCAGAGGCAGCAGAAAGGGACCGAGAGAAAUCGUCUACAUCGGCGCCAGCUGCAUCUCUGGAGGUUUGCACAUUUUAGGGAGGGAAGAAGGGUCGGUCAUCAUCA